UUCCUCCGCAACUUUAGGUGGCGACAGUACAAUUACCAGCUCAAUGUUCCUUUUAAUGAAAUAAACAAGCAAUAACCGACACAUUGAGCCUCAGGGUGGUACCUAAUAUUAGCGUUACCCGAAUAAGCUUAUUACUGAGCUGGCGUCAACCUGCGCUUAGCAAAACCCGUUGACGUCGGCAGACUCGGCUUCUGGACCAGGAUGGCUGCGUCCUCGUCCUCUUCCUCUGCCGGAGGGGUUAGUGGAAGCUCUGUCACCGGAUCUAGCUUCAGUGCCUCGGAGCUCAUCCCUCCCCGUAAAGUCCUCUACACGUACCCCAAAGGAGCUGGCGAGAUGAUGGAAGAUGGCUCCGAUAGAUUUUUAUGCGAAUCUGUAUUCAGCUAUCAAGUUGCCACAACACUGAAACAAGUGAAGCAAGACCAACAGGUAUCACGGAUGGAAAAGUUGGCAAGUUUGGUUGAAGAGCUGGAGGCAGACGAAUGGCGGUAUAAACCUAUUGAACAGCUUUUAGGAUUUACAACCUCAUGAAUAAACGGACUGAUGUAUCUACUCACCAAAAUGAGUGGUUUAGUUUGGCUUUGGAAAUGAUUAUUUUUUUUAUAAUUAUCUGUGUGUCUAGAAUGUCAAUUGGGUCAGAAUUUGUAUAGGGUCUAAUAUUCAUAUUGCCAAAACCAUCAUGUUCUAAAAUAUUUUAUAAUCCACCUUUUGACGUACUUGUUCAAUGUCAGCCUUUCUUUCGCCAUGGCAGACAAAUCUAGACAGUCAUGAAUUACCAUAAAUAUUUCUGUAAUGACCUUGUUGAAUAAAAUGACUUUCACUCUGUUUACACUAA